CCGCGCUCCGGCCCUUCCGCGCGCCAGUCCCCCUCGCGCGCUGCUCCCUCAGCUCAAUGGAUUUUGAACUGUUCUUUGCGUGUGUGCGGACAUUAAUCGAAAUAACUUAAUUUCUUUACAUACCCCUUUGUGCUAUCAAAGAGGCCUGCCUCUGCCGGGGGUCCAGGGGCUACUGUGGGGGUGAUAAAAAGGUUCUGGAACUAGAUGUUGUGGUCUUUUCACCACCUGGUGUAUGUAAACGGGACUUCUUCACACACUUCAAAGAGUUACGAUGGCGAAGCUUAUGUUUCAUGCAAUUGAUCACAAUAUUUAAACAAAAAAGCCACGCUGGAAUUUUACCCUCUGUUGGUCCCUUCCCCCCACCCCCAAGGUAGCCCAGGUGGGCUUCUUAGCAGAUGAGCAUGCCUUGUCUUUGCGGUGACCUCUUUCUUUCUGGAACCCUGUGCACGGCGGCAGGCCACAAGCCCCUUGUGACUAUUGAGGGUUGGGGUGGCCUUAGCCCAAUGCUAGCGUGCAGCUUUCCCCGGGGAGCUUGACUUCUGGGAGCUUCCCACCUCCUUCAGGUCGCAGCGUAGUCUCAGCUGUUGGCUUUGACUUUGCGAUGAUCUUCCAAGGCCCAGCGUGGCUUCCCCACAACUCUAUGCCCUAAGUUCAACCGACGCGGAGCAUCUUGGUUCAAAAGCGCCCAGCGCCCGAGAGGCCCCGAGUGUCCGUUAACGCGGCGGCUACGCUCCCAUGUUCUUGCUUGGGUGAAGGGUAUCUGCGUUGAAAAUUUUAUUUGCUUAAGAAAAACCUACGUGUAUUCCUACCCGCAGAGUAUUUAUUCUCUCAGCAUAUUGAAGAUAUCACUCAACUCUUCUGAAUUUCAUUAAUGCCAUUGAAAACUCAGCUUUCAGUCUAAAGGUCAUGGUUUUAAAGGCAGAAUAUACCAAGAGCCCAAGUGCGGCCAUUCUCUCCGACGUUUCCUCGUGCGGGUCCCUUUCAUCCAGCGAGGACGGCACCCCCAGGGGCCAUUCCAGUCUGUCAGAUGGGGAGCUGGCCCGGAACUUACAGGAUAGUGUCAAGCACCGCGUCCUUUACCUCUCAGAGCAGCGGAGACUGGAGAAGGCCAGUCGGGAGGAGAACACCGUGGGCUACCUCAAGCUGGUGUCCAAAGCCGACCGGCACCACGCCCCCCACAUCUGGCAGGACUUCGAGAAGGUGAACCAGUGCGCCUUUGCCACCAUUGCCCAGAUCGAGCGAAGGCUCUGCCAUUGCCACCGGCAGCUGCAGGGGCUGGAGGGGGGCUGGAGGCCCCAGGGCUUAGCGCCCAAGGCCGAAAGCAGCCCGCGCCACUGCAGGCGGCCCAGCGAGAAGGCCCCGUCUUCAGAGUCUCCCAGGCCAGGUGGGGAAGACUGCCUGUCCACUGACCUGUCUGAUAUCGUCAGACACUUGCCCCUGGCGAGCCACUUCCCAGCUUUGUGGCCGGGGAAGUCCUGGGGGACAAAGCGUGUGGCCCAGCAGCGAAACCUGCUGUCGCGACAGAUGAAGGAGGACCUAAGAGAAGUCAGGGAGCUCCACCUCAGCUUCCAGGUGUCCUAUCCAAGCCUAAAGGAGAGCCGUCUGAUGGGUCUGCAGGUGUCGCUGGCGUCCCUCCAGGAACAGAAAUGCAGACAAGCGUCGGUGGAAGAGCAGGUGAAUGAGCACGUCCAGGGGUACCCGGAUGACAUUUGCCACCUCGAACAGAAUCUGGCCCACGCUGAAGAGAAAAUGGUCUAUCUGUCCUACGACGGAGCCAAGGAAAUAUGGGUGAGCAACUCCUGGGCCCUUCGCUGUCACCGGGCACGCACACACCCUCCCGGGACGGCGCUCGCACUGGCCACCGUCCUCCCGGCCUUCAUCUGCACCGUGUGCACCUGCCCCCCCACCGCCCUGAGCUCCGGCCCGCACACCUGCGCUGCCCUCGUGCUGAUCGGGCUUGGGGCCCUGGCCUGGCAGAAGCGGCGCGCCGUGUCUGCCACAGACCGGCAGGCCUGGGUCCCCUCCAGAUGGAGGCGGCGUUCCGAGGAGCCCAAGCCUCUAGCAGGUGGGCCUUAGAGGGCCUGGGCUACCUCAGGCUGCCCUCCGGGCAUUGAGGGCGUCCAGCCAGCCCUCGCUAGACAGCCACCCUCACCUCCCUUUCCGGCUCCAUCACCACCAGCCCGCCUCGCGUUUCCGUUUCGUGAUCCUCCCGUACCGUCUGCAGACACAAGGCUUGGGAAAUAUUAGAGCCCCUGAAGCACGGUGCUGCUCUUGUCUCUAUCCCCCUCAUGCCCUCUCGUGACCCCGCGACCGAACCCUCAGAGGCUCAGGUGUCCCCAGAUGGCAGCGGGAGCCUCUGCAACUUUGUUGUUUUUGGCAAAGAGAAACUACUUUUAUUUCCCAGGGAUGGAGGAGAAGGGGCAAAGGGGGGGGGGUGGCCAAAGUGCCGGUGUGUGGGACAGGGUUUACGUUUUCCGGUAGGAAGCAGACCUUUUUGUUGUCACGGCCAGGAGGGACUCAUGCAGGUGACACCG